AACAGUUUGACAAUUUGUUUGCAUAACUUGCGAUUCAAAUGAAUGAUUAAUUGAAUUCAUUUGGUUGUGUAGAUUAUAUUGAAUGAAAAUUGAAAUCGUUUCACGCAUUCAUGAAUUGUUUCUCUCAUUGGGAAGUCUAUGUGAUUAGCGCUGCCUUGAAGUGUGAGUUGUAUAAGCGAUAGAGGAAAACAAGUCAUCAAAUCAUUUAUUCAACGUUUGAAGCAAUUUUCAAAUGAAUUUUCUCUCUUUUCCAUAAGUUUUUAUAAUUGUACUCAUUUGGCAACUGUUUGCCAAAACACUUUCAUAAAUUUCCAUUCACGAAACAAUCAGGCGCUACACCAUCACCACAGCACCUACACUACAGUAGUGGCACCAGUAGUCGCACCACUGGAUCAUUCGACUCAACCAACACAAUAUAGGCAGAGGCGUCGCAACCAUCAGAUCUGCUCUUAAGAUGAACAACGGAUCCAAGAAAUUGAAAAUUAACGGCAAUUGUGAGCCACUGAUUGACAACAUUCGCCGCGAGUAUAGCGACUAUAAGGGAGGGACUGUCGAGCUGACCACCGAUGACACGACAGGCAUCGCCAACAUCUGCAUCAAUGCAUUUGAGCGCAGGAAUGCCCUCUCAGGCACUAUGAUGUCUCAGUUGGCAGAUAUCAUCACUCAAUUGGAACAAUGGGAACAAGGAAAGGCUGUCAUCAUAUACGGCGCCAAUGGUUUCUUCUCAUCGGGCGGUGAUCUCAAUACUGUCCGCAAUAUCGACAACUCGGAGGGCGGCCGAAGAAUGGCUGUUCUCAUGCACAACAACUUCACUCGACUCCAAGCCUUACCCCUAUUGUCAGUGGCUUUAGUCGAGGGAAAGGCGUUGGGCGGCGGCGCUGAGUUGACCACUGCUUGUGAUUUUCGAGUCAUGACUCCGGACGCGGAGAUCGGUUUUGUACACAUCAAGCUGGGAGUGAGCACCGGGUGGGGCGGAGGCUGUCGCUUAGUACAAAUAUUAGGCCCGUGUAAGGCAUUAGAUGUGAUGAUGUCGGGGCGGCUCAUCGGCGCCAAUGAGGCUUUAAACUUAGGACUUGUGCAGCACGUGAUCAGUGACACCUCGACUACCGACACUACCGACUCUAACACUGUGCUCAGCAAAUGUCACGAAUGGCUCAACCAUUACACCCGACACAACGCCCAGACGUUACGCGCCAUCAAAGGCAUAGUAAACGCCGCGCGUUGGCUACCCCUCGAAGAAGCCCUCAACAAAGAAGUGGAAUACUUCGCGUCCGUAUGGGGCGGACCGGCUCAUCAAAAAGCGUUAGCCAAUAAUAUUAAGCAUAAAUGAGUCG